AUGCAGCUCCUCCCCCUCCUCUUCACAACCCUCACCACUGCCGAAUACCUCCUCCAGUCCAACUUCACCGGUCCAUCUUUCCUCGACAACUUCGACUUCUACACCAGCUGGGACCCGACAUUCGGCUACGUCCACUACGUCGACCGCGCCACUGCUGAGCAGUAUGGCAUGAUCAAUGUCAGCGUCGCUGGUGGGCCUGCUAUCUUCGGCGCGGAGCAUACUCAGGUGCUGGAUCCGUAG